CCAGGACCUCCAUCUCUGCCGACUCUUCCUACUACCACCUCCUCCAUCCCCACAGACUGUUCCUACAACCAGGACCUCCAUCUCUGCGGACUCUUUCUACUACCACAUCCUCCAUCUCUAGGGAACCAGGAUGAAUGUCCGCAAUUUGAUCUCCCCCCUGGUCAUCAUACGCUUCUUUGAGAUCUUUCUCUCCUGUACGGCCUUCAGCUUGGUGGCCAGUGCAGACUCGUACCAUAACCAAUUUGGCGCCUGGAGCAUGUUCACAUGGAUCUUGUCCUUCAUUGUGACCAUUUUAAUUGUUGUUCUGGAGUUGACUGGAUUCUACAGCGCUAUUCCCAUAUCCUGGGAGGACUUCACAUCGUUUUUCUCUAUGUUGGCCUCGCUGAUGCUCUUCACGACCUCCAUUAUGUAUCCUUCCAUCUUCCUACAAGGUGGUUGCAGUGGGUACAUAUGCGCAUGUCGUGGAGCCGCCACCGCCAUGUCUAUCCUGGGCUUCAUAGCUUACUCUAUGGAGGUGGGCCUCACUCGAGCAAAACCUGGGGAGAUAAGUGGGUUUCUAUCCACUAUUCCGGGACUCUUGAAGGUCUUUGAGGCCUACGUGGCCUGCAUCAUCUUCUCCCUUCUUCCUACGGGGCUUUCCGGACAUCCUGGACUUCAGUGGUCUGUGGCGGUGUACUCCAUCUGCUUCAUCAUCACUGUACUCAUCAUUAUUCUAACCAUCGGUCGUCUCUUGGCAAAGUUACCCAUGAAUAUUGAGAAAUUCCUCAUUGGUUUCAACAUUUUGGCAGUGGCGAUGUACCUCACGGUGGUGGUUGUAUGGCCAUUGUAUUUUUUCAGGUUGUUUCCAAACAGGAACGGGUGUGUGAGUGUUUGUCCCUACGACAUAGGAGUUGGCAUAACAAUCCUGACCUGCAUUAACCUUAUAGCAUACAUCGUGGACCUGGUGUAUUCCGUCAAAAUGGUCUUCUUCGUAGUCCAAGCCUAGACUGUGAGGGACGUUCUCUGAAGGUGCCCAUACACCUUAUACUAGUGCUUGCCGGCUCUCAGGUGUAUAGUGGCCUCCCAAUUCUCCACCAACAGAUGAUAUCAGUGCAGAGGUUUCUGCCCCACUUGGGGCCCCUAAUGUUGUGGUCCCUCGGAUUUCCAAAUAGGGCUAUUUGUUGAUGUAUAAUGCUAACUCGACCAUGAUGUAAUAAUACUUUACCGAGAGAUCUCCCCAUACACAUCAUAUAGGUCCUAAACUUGGCUCUGCUACAUCUGUGCACAGAAAUGUUUAUGCAUAUCCAUGUACGUGCACAGGAAAUGUAGGUAUUUUAUUUUAAUGGCUGCUUUCUUUCUUUUGUGCAGGAGAUGUCACAUUCUGUACAGCUCACCUCCACCAGUUUCUGUGCACGGGUCCACACUCGGCAAAGUGCUGAUAUUCACUGCAGAAGAACAAACGAUGAUCCGGCACCAGAUUUAACAUUUCCAGCUUUAUUUUCUCCGUAUCAAAAUGAACAAACAUCACACAGUAAAACC